UUCAUCUCUCGACGGAUUUUCACUCAUCAAAUCACCGGUACCUCAAUUUAGAGCACCAAAGCCAGCUCAGAAUCAUCCUUCAUAGUGCAGCUCCGAAGCUCUUAUGGCACCCAUAAAGGGCAUCCUUUCUUCACAAGGGAUAUCUUUGGUCAAGCAGUCUGAGCAUUGGGUCCUGGGCAGUAGAUUAUUCAGCACUCAGGCUGCAUCAACUGCUAGCACCCCACAGCCUCCCCCUCCUCCCCCACCUCCUGAGAAAACCCACUUUGGUGGCCUCAAAGAUGAGGAUCGCAUUUUUACAAAUGUAUAUGGUUUGCAUGACCCUUUUCUCAAGGGUGCUAUGAAACGAGGAGACUGGCAUAGAACAAAAGACCUGGUACUCAAGGGUGCUGAUUGGAUUGUCAAUGAAAUGAAGAAAUCUGGUCUUCGUGGGCGUGGUGGUGCUGGGUUUCCCUCUGGUCUUAAAUGGUCCUUCAUGCCAAAGGUGUCUGAUGGUCGUCCCUCCUAUCUUGUUGUCAAUGCUGAUGAGAGUGAACCUGGAACCUGUAAAGAUAGGGAGAUAAUGCGCCAUGAUCCACACAAACUAUUAGAAGGUUGUUUAAUUGCUGGAGUGGGUAUGAGAGCUACUGCUGCCUAUAUUUACAUCAGGGGUGAGUAUGUCAAUGAGCGGAAAAAUCUGGAGAAAGCCAGAAGAGAAGCUUAUGAAGCUGGCUUAUUAGGAAAAAAUGCAUGUGGGUCUGGUUAUGACUUCGAUGUACAUAUCCACUUCGGAGCUGGUGCUUAUAUUUGUGGUGAGGAGACAGCUCUUCUAGAGAGCCUCGAGGGCAAACAAGGAAAACCCAGAUUGAAGCCUCCUUUUCCUGCUAAUUCCGGGCUGUAUGGGUGUCCCAGUACCGUCACAAAUGUGGAAACAGUAGCUGUUUCACCUACCAUUUUGAGGCGGGGCCCCGAGUGGUUCGCUAGUUUUGGUAGGAAAAACAAUUCUGGAACAAAACUUUUUUGCAUCUCAGGGCAUGUGAACAAGCCUUGCACAGUCGAGGAGGAGAUGAGUAUACCAUUAAAGGAACUUAUAGAGAGGCACUGUGGUGGUGUUCGCGGUGGAUGGGACAAUUUACUUGCUAUUAUCCCAGGAGGUUCAUCUGUCCCAUUGAUACCCAAGCAUAUAUGUGAGGAUGUGCUAAUGGACUUUGAUGCACUUAAAGCUGUACAGUCAGGGUUGGGGACUGCUGCCGUGAUUGUGAUGGAUAAGUCAACGGAUGUUGUAGACGCAAUUGCAAGGCUCUCUUACUUCUACAAGCAUGAGAGUUGUGGCCAGUGCACGCCAUGCAGGGAAGGUACAGGGUGGCUUUGGAUGAUCAUGGAAAGAUUGAAGGUGGGGAAUGCAAAACUGGAAGAGAUUGACAUGCUUCAAGAGGUGACGAAACAGAUUGAAGGGCACACGAUUUGUGCAUUGGGUGAUGCCGCUGCUUGGCCAGUCCAGGGUCUGAUCAGGCACUUCAGACCGGAGCUCGAGAGGAGGAUCAGAGAACGGGCAGAGAGGGAGCUACAACAGGCUGCCGCUGCUUGAUACUUCUGUGCAGGUGAGGACUUAUCCUGCUAGGGGGCUAUGUAAUAAACAAUUCGAGACUUUUGAAGAAUGUAUGGACAUGCAAGCGAGUCUUCUGUCUGUCCAGCAGAGCAGCAAGUCAAAUUUUUAUGCUUGUAUCAGACUGAAUUGCUCCCUACUUAUAUGUUUUUUUUUUUUUUAAGUGCUGACUGGAUACAAGUUGGGUUCUAAGAUCAUCUUAUCAUGGUUUUGAAGAUUCAGAAACCUGAUAGUAUAUGGUUUUUGUCAAUAAACUAAACAUUGUUUGAAUGUUUUCAGAGACUGUAUUGGUGGGAAAGUUAAAGGAGAGUUGAAGGUUUUGAUUCAUAUCAUGAUGAUAUACACCUUAGUUGUUUUUGUACGUU